AUGCUAUACAGGGGUGACUACAGCAUUAAGGACCUUCGACGCGAUCUGGAGACUGGCCUAGGGUGGGCACAUUCGACAGAAAGUGUCGCAAGAUACUUGGAAACCAUUGUAAACGAGCUCAGCAAACUUAUUCCAAGGGGAUCCUAUCGACACACUUCGAGCCAGGAUAAGAGUGACACAAAGAAAGUAGUGACAACUUCUUUCUACAAAUACAAAGGCGGAAAGAUUGCCACGUGCCAUGCCCAUGGAGAUGGAACAUGGAGCAUCGCUUUCACUCUACUGGGAGAGGAAGAGCUCAAAAAGCAGCAAGACUUAGGAAGCAAGACAAACGAAGAUCAGCUGGAGGUCCUCGUGAAUACUGAAAGGAAUGGGGGACAAUUAAUUCACCAUGGUGAAAUCAAGAACAAGCCACAAGCCUGCCGUGGCCAUAUCUCUCUGAACAAUGAUGAGGCACAUCGAACGCAUAAGGCCAGACCUCAAAAAGGGGGAUACGUGCCCGAGGGUCCGCCCGCCGUAUCAUCUACUGGCCACCGAGCCUUAGAAGAUCAUAGCUCUAUCUCGGACGUCGCUCAGCCGACAUCAAAUAGUCGCGCAGGGGGUCAUUUGGCAUAUUAUCAACGAUCGCGCGACAGGUUAAGUCUUGAACAGAAGCAUAUAGCUUCUGAAUUAGCAAAGGAUGUCCUCACGCGAAAGGAAGAGAGGGAUUUGUUCCAAAGACUCAAGGAAAUGCCAAGGGAAGAACAGGAACAAGUUAUGAACCUUACGAAGACAUUCAAGUCUCAGAAAUCAACGGCGUCAGGCAGCUAA